AUGACAGGAUUUGCCGAUCAGGAGCUGGAAUCUCAGAUUCACCUUCAUUAUGAUCCUUUGGUCUGUCAUCUCCUUCCGUUUGGGGCUUCCCAGUUUAUAUUUUGGAUGUAUUUGUCAAUAUUUUCAUUCAGCAAUUUGAAAGACAUUUCACAAGAGGACGAGGACAAACAGUUAGGCAUUAAAAGAGAUGAUAGUCUGGUUUUUAAGGUACUGAUGCCGGUGAAAGGCUAUUACAAAACAGGACUUGGCUUUCUCUUCCUGAGCGUAGGUUCAAUGGUGCUGUUCAUCUGUUGGAUCUACCCACAACGUGCUGUGAACCAACUCUGGCUGUUGAAGGGAGGCAAGGGGGUACAGAUAUCCACCUACACUUGGUUUGGAAACACACGCUCCUUCUCAUCGCCACUCAACCAUCUCUCCUGCCUGCAGUCACGCACAAGCUCUUCAUCACAGAUUUCAAUGAAAGUCAAACACCAUUGGUUCCAUUUUCUCUUGGACAAAAAAGGAAUCUUUCACAACACAGAGCUUUUUGAUCAUGCUGUUGGACUUCAGAGGAAUCUAAAGAAAUAAUUCAUGAACUAUUAGUUGGUUUCUUUCAUAGUGUACAGAGUACAUGUGUUAUAAAUAUAUCGUGUGUGCAGUGUGU